AUGCUGCCCAGCAGAGGCGUCCUACGCUCCCUCCCCUCGAUGUCCCGGUCGCCCAGACGGCUCGGCGAUGGACGGCAGUUCGGAACCUCCCUCCGAAGCAGCGGCGCGCCGUGGACCGCCCUGAGGCCCGCCAACUCCAGACUGAGUGGCGGCCUUGCCGGCACAGUAGCCAUCGGCGGCUCCCUCGAGACGAGACGAGCCCUCUCCCUCUGGUACUCCAAGCCUGCGGAAACGACACCGACACCGACAACAGCAGCUCCCGCGCAAACCCCCGUCGAACCCGCCGCCGCUAUCAACGACGCCUCCGCCUCCGUACCCGUCUCUGAGCCGGUCCUCGCCGAUGCCGCCGAUCUCGCCACCCCCUCGAGCUCCAUCCCCGACCUCGACGCCGCCGCCCUCCUCGACCUCCCUGAACAGAUCGGCUUCCUCAAGACCCUCGGCCUCGACUUCGGCUGGGGCCCCUCGAGCGUCAUGCAGUGGGCCUUUGAGCACAUCCACGUCUACUCUGGCCUGCCCUGGUGGGGCUCCAUCGCCGCCACCGGCAUCCUCCUGCGCCUCGUCAUGUUCAAGCCCCUCCUCAUGGCCCAGGAGACAUCGGCCCGCAUGCAGAAGCUGCAGCAGAACCCCAAGUACGAGGAGGUCCGCAAGGGUGUGCAGGAGGCCAUGUCCCGCGGCGACACGGCCGCCAUGACCGAGAUGCGCCGGGACCUGUCCGUCAUGAACAAGAACGCCGGCGUGAACCCUCUCAAAGGCCUCUGGGGUCUCCUUCAGAUCCCCUUCGGGUACGGCAUGUUCCGCGUCCUGAACGGCGCCGCCGCCAUCCCCGUCCCCGGAAUGGAGACGGGCGGCUUCCUCUGGGUCUCGGACUUGACCGUGUCUGACCCCCUCUUCCUCCUCCCCAUCGCCGGUCCGUUAGCCAUGUUCGCCAUGGUCAAGCUCGGCUCCCGUUACGCCACGCCACAGGCCAAGGCCCAGCAGAAGCUGAUGAUGUACAUCCUCGGCCCCAUCUCCGUCAUCUUUACCGCCUACCUCCCCGCCGGCGUCCAGUGGUACUUCUUCGUUGCCGGUGCCGUCGGCGUGUUUCAGAAUUGGCUCUUCAACAUGGCCGGCUUCCGCAAAUUCUUCGGCCUCAUGCCCCUCUCGACCCCCACCACCGCCACCACCACCACGGCCGCCGCCAGCUCUGGCCUGACGUACCAGGCCCCUCGCGGCGCUGCCGCCGCGACACCCGCCGAGACAUCCGCCCAGGAUGGCAGCAUCAGCGGCGUCAUCAACAGCCUGAAGCAGACCGUCCACGACGCCAAGGGCGGCGCCGGGAACUACAUGGAGGCGAACCGCACCAAGGAGGAGGCCAACUACGCCAAGAAGUACGCCGAGCGGAGAGGCGAGCAGGAGAGGCAGAAGUUCUGGAGCGAGAUGCGGAAGAAAUGA